AUGGUGCGCCUCUAUUUCCUCCUCGCAUUGGUUGCCAUUACCACGGCUAUUCCUACGCCCGAUCCCAUCGUCGAAGAUGAGAACGACUGUUUGGAAGAUGAUCUGGUCGACCUUCUCUAUUGGCUACCUCACGGAGAUGCUUUCUGCCGAGACCUCCUCCAAAUCUCUUGCGAUGUGAGGUCCAUCACUGAAUUGAAAACUAGGACAGUCGUGGAUCCCGCCAGGACCGUAACUGAGUUGAUCACAUCCAAAUUCACGUCCACUCCGCGGGCAGAGACUGCCUACGUGACCAUCACCAACAUUGAUCACUCUCUAUCGACCCUCACCGAUGUCCAGACAGUGACUGUUACCGACGUGGUUGCCACUGUUGCUCUGACUGAUGCUACUACCGAGACCAUCGUAGUCGAUUCAACCAGCGUGGCAACAGACACACUGACAUACUUGACUACCGCCACGGUUACGGAUUUUACCACCGAAACUAUCACCCAGUCCUUUACGAGUACUGCUACUGAGUACUCUACAAUCUUUGCAACAGACUCUAUUUUCGACACAGUAACGGAUAUAUCCACCCAGUUGUACACCAACUACUACGCCGAGACCGAUAUUGUACCCUUUACGGACACUAUCUAUACCACAGAUAUUGAGGAUGUUACCGCGACCCAAACCGCUAUCUCUACUGCCACUCAAACCGCUCAGGAAACAUUUACAGACGUGACUACCUCGAUCAGCACAUCCUUCAUUACUUCAACUACCACCACUGUCCUUACUGAGCAAACAACAGCAACAAUUACUACGCUUGUCUCUGUCGCUGUCGCCAAGCGAGAUCGCACAGAACCUACUGAAAUCUCUACUCCCGAGGCCUUGGCUACCUAUUUACCUGAGGAAUUAUCCCGUGCCUGCUCCGAGCUAGACCUCCAUCCUGAGACGUCUACGGAGUUCUUUACCAGAACUGAAACAAAGACCACCCACCCUUUUGCUGUUACCAAGUUUAUUACUACCUGGGAGACCAUCACUGCCCCCACUAGUAAACAUACAGUAACUGUGACCGACAUCGUGACAGACCCUUCCACCACAACUCUACAUAUCCUCUCUACAAGUUACGUGGAUGUUUCUUUGCUUGAAACAAACACUCUUACAGCCACCGCCACAGUAGAUGAUAUCACCACAGUCACUGACUCCACCACUGUUGAUAUCACUGCGUUGGCAACAACGGUUGUGACUGAAGAUGUCACAACAGACCAGACUUUGACUGCGACCAGCGAGGUCUCCACGACGCUCAUAAAUAGUGAGACUAUCACAGUGACUCAGGAUGAGACUACUGCAGUCACUGCAGAUAUCACCGCUUCCACUACACUAUCGACCACCCUAGACAUCACUGAUAUUCUGACUGUCACAUCCACCUCAUCUGUGACUGUGACCGUGCCCACUACCGUCGAAACCACAGUCAUUAGCACCGUCUCUAUUACCGAUGAGGAAGUAGUGUCUUCGGUCAUAGUCGCCACUGCCACGGAAACAACUUUGGUGACCACAACCGUGACCGCGAUCGCAACUGCGACCUGUGGCGUCAACCUCGUGCAGAAUCCAGAUUUUGCAGCUGAAUCUCUUGUUGAUUGGACGGCCUCAGGAAGCGGGAACACAAUAUCGUAUGUCGCCGGCUCAUCCAUUGGUACUGCCUAUGCGUUUUAUUAUGUUGGAGUCAGCCCGCAGAAGUAUACGAUCUCACAGUCAAUUGCCACUGUCUCGGGAGCUACAUACACCGUAUCAUUUUGGUGGAGAGACGGUAGUUCAACCGCGUCGUUUAUUGUCACGAUUGGAUCCGAAAGCAAAACAUAUACGGAAACUGGUAGUGAUCUCGCUGUCUGGGUUAAGGAGACAUUUACAUACCAGGCUGAUUCCUCGUCCUCGGAGCUCUCGUUUGAGUUUGUCCCAGGCACCACCGAUGUGGGUUACCAGCUAGGUUUGAUCAGUGUCGAAUGCUAA